UUUCUAUUUUUGGGCUUUGUCAUUCUGCGUUUUGUCAUUUACUUUUGAACCUCAUUGCCUUUGUAGGACCGACUACAGCCACACACACACACACACCUUUAGUUGACUUGCUUUGGAACUAGGCACGAACUGGGAAACUGCGCAAUCCUUACCACUUUUGUAACGCGCACAGCGAACCCUUCUUUAUGACCUAUGCACACCCGCUCUUCUCUUCCUCAUUCCUUUUGACGCUUGGUCGAAAUGCAACAUCCCCAACAACAGAGAGGACACGUUCCACCACCACGCCGGCAUGUCACGGCAGCGACGCACGAGCACGCUCUCGCUUCGUCAACACAAAUGUCCCACACUUUUACUUUGGGUCCAGGCAACAACACCAAGAAGCCGCCAGACUCGGGCACAGUCGUCACCCCCGCUCUCUUGCAAGACUCGCACAACGCCAGACUCGACGGUCUGCGAGCAGCACCCUCUGCAAGCACACAACCGACAAACGGAAAACUGUCGGCAGACGCCAGCGAGUUUGUUUGUUUUGCAGUUCACAGAAUAUGGCAUCGCAUCCCUCCUCGAUCGCCAUCAUCCCUCGUGUCUCCAAACUAUCCCUCACCUCCCUCUGCACCGUCUGCUCUCCCCUCUCCAUCCGCAUCCGUCAUCAGUCCACCGGGCACCUCACAUUGGUACCCAGCUUUUUUCGAAGCCGUCCACAAUGUCAUUCACAGAGCAAACUGCUCCCUCCCCCACAUUCUCAUUUCUUUAUUAUACGUGGCCCGCCUACGACAAGCAGUUCCGAAAUCACAUACAGGAGAAGGUUCGGAAUUCCGCGUCUUCGUUUCGGCUCUCAUCCUCGCCCAGAAAUACCACACAGACGACCGGUACGCCAAUAAGACAUGGUCGAAAAUGACAGGAUUGCCGUUGAAUGAUGUCAAUACCAUGGAACGGGAAUUCCUGACAGGUGUGGGCGGGAGAUUGCAUGUCACUAGAGAAGAGUACGACAAGUGGUUGCGGAAUAUUCAGGCCUUGGGACAGGAGCAUUCGGCUAUUGUGAGGAGGGCGAGGGUUGAAAUGACCUUUGCGGUUGGACAAGAGGGGCAAGAGGUGGAUCCAUUGAGAAGAGUUCGCACGUGGCCGGAACGGGAAAAGGUGGUCGAGGCGCGACCACCGCCGUACAGUAACGAGUGUCCAUGAUAAUCGUGAACGUUGACAAGAAUCAACAAUCUGUUGCGGACGAUAGUGGGCGGCCGACGAGAGACUGACGAAAAUCUGCCCACGAACAACAGAGUAGGCAGCCGAACGGGAAGCUCAAUGGGGACCGUUGAAAUCUGAGAACCCGAAAAUCUGUCGAUGAACGCCAAAUGCGAGAAACGAUUGAACACGUUGUUCGUGCCGUUCGCGCCAAACAGACGAUAGACUCUAGAACAUGGAAUCGAAUGGACAUUGUGACAUGCUGUCCCGCCACAGCAGCAUUGGCUGGAUCUCGCCACAAGUCUUUGCUUCCUUUAAACGUCCAUUCACCCAAACCUCCUCAUCAUCCACCUUGACAGCACCUUCACCUCCACUUUUAUUACGCCUUUAUCAUCACCGAUCUCCUCAUGACUUGUUCAUCUUUUUCUUGUAUCAUAGUGUCUGUGACCUAGUACCUCUGCUCUUGCGCAUAGAGAGCUAUACUGCACCAAUGUGUUGAAAAGUUUUUUUUUUCUUUUGCAAAUAUAUAUAUAGUAUAGAGAGAGAAAGAGAUUUAGCUGUAUGUUGGGUGCGUCAAAUGCUUGACAUUUGAGUGAAAAGUAUUUUUAUUCACA